UCCUAAAGGAGAUUUUUCGUAUUCGCUGCCGGGAAAAAUGAAAAGUUCAUUAGUAUUAGAUAAAAUGUGCUGACAUUCUUGAAGCAAGUAGUAAAAAUAAGCCGUACCCAUCGUCAAUAAUUUACCAUUGAACCACAAAUUGGAAUUAUAUUUUACUGGAUUGGUCGAGUUCCGUUGAGCAUAGGCCUCCAAACAACAAAACAUCAGCAGCAUCCAAAAGUCCUUCGUCGUGUUAGUCUUAUCUGAUCUAACACUGGGACGACGUUGUCCAGUUACCAACAGUGUGCGAUCAGGAAUUGGAUGAACCAGUCGAUUGGGCGAAGAAGCGCGACUUUUGAUUCCAACAACCCAUUUUUCUCCGGCUUUCUUAAACAUACGUAACAGAAAUAUGGCUGAACUGAAUCCCGAAUUCCGUGGCUACCGCUCACCCUUAAGCACUCGGUAUGCAAGCAAAGAAAUGCAAUACCUGUUUAGCGACCAGCACAAAUUUUCCACUUGGCGUAAGCUAUGGAUUCUGCUGGCGAAAGCCCAAAAGGCGUUGGGUUUGGACAUUAAGGAGGAGCAGAUUCGUGAGAUGGAAAAACACGUCGAGAACAUCGAUUUCAAGGCAGCUGCAGCCGAGGAAGCCCUCACCCGCCACGACGUGAUGGCGCACGUGCAUGUGUUCGCCAAACAGUGUCCCCUGGCCGCUCCCAUCAUCCAUCUCGGUGCAACUUCGUGUUUUGUCGGCGACAACACGGAUCUGCUCGUUCUGAAGGAAGCGCUAGACCAGUUGCUACCCAAGCUGGUUGGUGUAAUCAAGCAGCUGGCCGGAUUUGCGAUGCAAUACCGCGAUUUACCCACGCUCGGAUUCACCCAUCUGCAGCCGGCCCAGCUUACUACGGUCGGCAAACGUUGUUCCCUUUGGAUUCAGGAUUUACUGAUGGACGAACGUGCCCUGCGCACAUGUCGGGAUAACUUGCGAUUCCGCGGGGUUAAGGGCACGACUGGUACGCAGGCAUCUUUUCUGCAGCUUUUUGCCGGUGAUAGCGCGAAAGUGCGUAAACUUGACCAAACCGUCACAAAGCUGGCUGGUUUUGACCGGUACUAUGCUGUCACGGGCCAGACGUACUCGCGCAAGGUUGAUCUGGAGAUAGUGUCUGCUUUGGCCAGUCUCGGCGCUACCGUGCAUAAGAUGUGUUCUGAUUUGCGCUUGCUGGCCUCGCGCAAGGAGCUGGAGGAACCGUUCGAAGAGACCCAAAUCGGUAGUUCGGCGAUGCCGUACAAACGCAACCCGAUGCGUUCGGAGCGUUGCUGUGCCCUGGCGCGCCACAUGAUAACAUUGCAAGCGAAUGCCGCUAACACGCUGGCCGUACAGUGGCUCGAGCGUACGCUUGAUGAUUCGGCCAACCGACGACUAACACUUUCGGAAGCGUUCCUUUCCGCGGAUGCUUGUAUGCUGACCCUGCUAAACAUUUCGCAGGGACUUGUGGUGUAUCCAAAGGUGAUCGAGCGUAACAUCGCACAGGAGUUACCGUUCAUGUCAACGGAAAACGUUAUCAUGGCAAUGGUGAAGGCGGGCGGUGAUCGUCAGGUUUGCCACGAAAAGAUUCGCGUACUGUCGCACGAGGCUGGUGCACAAGUGAAACAGCUUGGUAAGGAUAACGAUUUGGUGGACCGCAUCCGGGCCGAUCCGUACUUUGCACCGAUUCUUGGUCAGCUUGACCGCAUACUCGAUCCGAAAACGUUCACUGGUCGGGCCGCCGAUCAAGUGGAUGAGUUUGUAAAGGAGGAAGUUAACCCGAUCGUCGCGCUAUACGGAGACAAGGUCGUAACUAAAUCAACGCAGUUAAAAAUCUGAUUGAAGAAGGAGAAGAAACAGAUUGAUGUGGCAAUAAAGAUUU